AUGAUUAUAAAGAGGAUUGCACAGUAAAUAAUAAUACAUUCAAAGCCUGUUAAUAUAGAACAUUUAAUAAUGCUCCAACUACUGUAAUAAGGCUUCUUUAAACAAAUUAAGAUUGCAAUAAAUAUAAAGAAGUGUGUAUUAUAAAACUAGAAGGAGGAUGUAAAUAAUUAGAUGAAUAUAGUAACACAAACAAUUGAAAUUGAAAUAGUUUGUGUUAGAUAAAUAUGGAAGUAAUUGUUUCUUUUAUUGUGGUGAAUAUGCAUUAAGGAUUUGUGAUAAUGCUCCAUUUUCGUUUAAAACCACCAAUAAUGUUAAGAAUUUAACAAGCAAUCUACAGAAGUUAGACAAAGAUUGGAUGUGUUAAAAGGACAUUAUAAAUUCUAACAUCCUAAAGGUCUUUGCUAUUAAAAGAGUCAUGUUAAUGUUCCAUUUGAAUAUGAUAUAGAUUUGAAAUGCAAGAAUUAUCUAAACAACACAUGUAAAGAUUGCAAACAGUGGAUAUGGAUGCAUAACAAGAUCAAGUUAAUGUAGCUAAUUAAUUCUUGAGGAUUAAUGUUAUCUCACAUAAUGGUAAAAUUAUUGGAUGAUUUGAAGGAGCAUGUUACAAACGAAGAAUGUGAUGAUUAUUUAAAUGAGUUAAUGAUGAAUUAUUAUCUAAAUUACACAAAUGCAAGUGAAAGAAAUGAAGGUUGUAUUCCUUUAGAUUCUUGCACAACAUAUACAGCAUAAAUGAUCUGUAGAUAUAAUAAUUUUAAUUAGUUUUAUUAAUGGUUUUGAAAUGCUUAUUACAAUAAAUUAUGUUCUACUGCUCUUUAAAAUUCAAAUUGUGAGGGUGAAGCCUAUUUAACUGGAUGUAUUGUUACUUCGACUAAUUCUUUUGGAGGAUCAUGCAUUUAGUUUGGGAUUUGUUUUAAUAGAAUUUGUGCAAAUGCUCAAGUCUCUACCAAUUAUACAUCCAUAAAGAAUGUUACACAUAUUUAUAAUUCUACGCUGUAGUAUCUGCUGGAAUUGGAGGUGUAUGACAUAGUUAAAUACAUUAAGAUCAUGUUAAUUAGAAUCAAAUGGAUAUAUAAUUAUUUUUAAAAGCUACUAUGCUCAUAUGCUCUUAUAAUUGAUCGAUUUGAAUCAGAUGAAGAAUGUAAUACUUAGUUCUUGUACUGUUUUGAGGAAAAUUCGUAAUUUAGGUUGUACUUCUAAAUUAAGUUUUAGUUAAGACCUUACAUAAUAAUAAUAAUGUAUCACUUAUAUUUGUAACAAUAUAUGUACAUUGGAUACAACUCUAGCUACUCCUCAUUUUAAAACUAGAUCUUGCUCAAGAAUAUGCUUUUACAUAAUUAAAUUGUAAAAAUUGGUUACUAAUAUAGAUAAUUAUGAACUAUCAACUUUGCAUGCUUAUUGUACAUGGAAUGUUUUAUCAUGUAUAAUUAGAACUUGUACAACAUCAUAAGUAUGACAAAUUUUAAUCAAACAGAUUGUAAUAAUGCACAGCUGAUGCUCCAACUAGUUAUAUUUAAGAAACUACUAAUUUUGUUGACUAUAUUAAUUAUAAUUAAUGUUAAAAGAAUUAUUCAAAUUAUCCUUUUAAUUUAGUAGAUGCUGCAAGUACUCAAAAAACUUGCAUAACAAUAUUUAAUUAGACUUGUUGUAGUGUAUUGUAAUCAUUAUGUUUUGUUAAUCCAAGAGCCACUGCCUUGUGA